GAAGAAAUUGUUAUUCCAAGUAGUAUUUUUAGAAUUGUGUAGAUUCUAUCUUUCAGAUUCUGCUCAAGCUAGUGUUGAAGCGAAGAUAUGAUAAUCAUGAUCUGUCGAAGACGUAACGCUUCCCAUUAGAUGCUGAGGGUUUUAGUCUGGAAUCCCAAGUUGGUGCCAGUGCUUUCUAGCUAUAAGUAUGGCGACAAAAGCUGAACCUAUUCCAUAUCCACCUCAAGACCGAGAACAACAGAAUAUAAUCGACAAACUUGCGAACUUCGUUGCUCGAAAUGGAAAAGAAUUCGAGCUUAUGACGAAGGAGAAGCAGAAGGACAAUGCCAAGUUUGACUUCUUGUUUGGUGGUGAAUUUCAUCGAUAUUACGAGUGGAAAAUAUCAGCUGAAAAGACUGCCAUGGCAGGUUCUAUGCCAGCGUCUGGACAGAGUACAUGGCAGGGUUCAGACCAGGGCCAGCCUAGUGCUAAUACGUACGCACAGUUUGCUGGAGAAGAUCAGUAUACACAGCAGCAGCAGCAACUGAAUUACCAACAACAACAGCAGCAGCAACAGCCAGGGCAGCAAUACCAGGCUCAGCAGUCUCAUGGGCAAAUGAAUCAGCCCGGUUACUUUCCGUCUCAGCAAGGCCAGCAGCCACAACAGCAGCAGGCGUAUCAAGGUACGUGGCAACAGCAGCAGCAGCAAUAUCAGCAACAGCAAGGCGUGCAGUCGCAUGCCAGCACUCAGCAAUUCCAGCAAGCUGGUGAACAGCAGCAGCAGCAACCGGCCCAGUCAGCUGACACCUCUGGCCAUCAGAUUCCGGACAUGGGAGAAUUUGAGCAUGUCCUGUCUGCUGUCAUGGACAAGGGAACGAAAGAUGCUAUAUCUGCUGGCAAGAACUGGAUAUUUCAAGUUGCUCAAUCGGACUAUCAUGCCUAUCACGUAGCCCAGUACAUGUACUUCAGGGCAUCCAAUCAGUCAGCCACCUUCUCACAGCGACUACAUAUUGUUUACUUGGUCAACGAUAUCUUUCACCGCUGUGCUCGGAAAGGUGGACAAGAGCUGAAAGCGGCCAUUGAGACUGCGAUUGUUCCCAUAUUCUGUGUGACCUACUCCGAUGAAGCAGACAACGUCCAGAGACUGAGCAAGGUCGUUGGUCUAUGGGAGCAGAAUAGCUAUGUGUCAAAGGGCACCACCGACAUGCUGAAAACUGUUGUGAAUCAAAAGCCUGAUGAUGUGGAGCGUAUUACCCAGAUGUGUACACAGACAUUGGACUACUCACACCCCAGCCCUGUGCCAGCUGGUACACCUUCAUUCUCUGAACUGGCCAAACAACAUCUAGAAUUCAAACAGCAGCAGCAAGCACAGCCUGAUGCAAGUUCAGAAGCACAACCCGGACAUCCUGAGCAGCAACAAGAUACCCAAGGAGAUGAACAGCAGCAGCAACAGUCGGAAGUAUCCAACAGCCGUGAGCUUGCAGCAGCUAGCCAGGAGACUGUGGGUGGUGAUGAAAAGCGUCACUUCCAGGCACAGCAACCAGGUGAUGGUGCGCACACACAUUCCGCUAGCACCGCAACUAACCCAGCAGGUUCUCAAUCUCAGCAGCAGCAACACACUGGCUUUCAAGGUCACCCUGAUCAGCAAGGUAAUUGGCAUCAUGGCGAUACUCAUCAGCAGUCGGCAAGUUCAGCCACCGUCGCUGGCAGCAGUGCGGCGGCUUCAUCUUACACAGAUCCGUAUCACCAUGAACGUGGUGGUGGCAGUGAUGGCAGACACGGGCCGCCUGAUGACCAUUAUCACCAACAUCAUCAUCAUCACCAUCACCACCAGCAACAGCAGCAGCAUAACAUGCCCUCGUCACACCAUGCAGACCCCUACCAUCGACACCAGGCGCCAUACCAAGGCGGUGGCGGUAGUGGUAGUGGUGGGGGCCAUCCACACGAUGACUACCACCACCAUGGAUCUCGGCACUACCCACCGUCAGCUGGGGGUUCCGGUGACCAUGGUCCAGCAUCUACUCAUGGUCCCCCUGGACAGUAUUUCAACCAUGGUCCUGGUACACAUGCUGAUGACUAUCCACCACCAGCGGCUGAUCGUGGCUCACGAUUUCAUGACGACUAUCGACAGCCUCCUCCGUAUGAUGGUGGACAUCCUGCCGAUGACAGGUUUGGAAGAGGCCCUCCGCCUCCUGCAGGCACUGCUGGAUCAUAUUUUGAUCACGGUCAUCCACCCCCAGCUAGGUCAUCGCAGCAAUCCGACUCCUACUUUGACUCUGGCUUUCACGGAGAGCGUCAGCAGCCUCCACCGUCACAGCAUCAGGCGGCAGCACACCACGCGCAGCAUCUGCAGCCUCCAGCGUCUGCUGUACAGCCAGCAGCACCAUCAGACACAUUACCUACUGCAGCUGCAGGUGUACCACCACCAGCUGCUGCUGCUGCUGCUGCUCCGUAUCAACCAGCACCAGCACCUGUGCCGGUUGAAGAUCUGAUCUUACCUUAUGAUCAAUAUCCGUAUGAGUUCCAGGCAAUAGAGAAUGGAGAAGUGCCGCAAGUUCCUUACCAUGAACUGCCUGCAGGACUCAUGGUGCCGUUAGUCAAGCUGGCACAUAAUAGCUACCUUCCCCUGGAUACCAAACAGUUACGUUUGCCUAAGCCCAGACCGCCGACGAAUCGCCUACUAGCUGCUAUUGAGGCAUUCUACAAUCCGCCAGAUAACAGAGAUCCAGAUGGCUGGGAAAUCGGAGCACUGGAUAGGUUCUUUGAUGCCAAAAGGAAAGCAUUCCGGGAUCAAAGACGGCGGUCGAUAUCCAAGUCACCACCUCCAGGGAGGAAAGGUGGUCGUUACGUUUCUUCAAGGUCUAGGAGAUCACCGUCAAGGUCUCGGUCCCGUUCUCGCUCACCCAGAAGACGACGGCGGUCCUUGUCAUCAUCAUCGUACUCAUCACGCUCCUCUAGAUCAUCAUCACGCUCCAGAAGCCGCUCACGAUCACCUCGCCGUCGUAGAUACUCCAGAUCUCGAUCUCGCUCCUAUUCCCCACGUCGUCGCAGGUCUAGAUCACCACGCUCUCCUGUGCGUCGCAGUAGUGGCAGUGGUGGUGGUGUUGGCCGCGAUCGACAACGCUCCCCGUCCCCUAGGGAAAGACCUGGGUUUGACCGAGUAGGGUUGGGUGUUGGUCAUGAUCAACAACGCUCUUUGUCACCGAGGGAAAGGCCUGGAUUUGACCGAGUCGGAGGAGGAGCAGGAUUGGGUGUUGGUUUUGAUCGACAACGCUCUCCAUCGCCCAGGGAUAGACCUGGGGAUAGACCUGGGUUUGACCGAGGAGGUUUAGCCGCACCAGAUCGUCAUGACAGGGCCUUCUCGGAUCGUAGUCCUGUGGAUCGUGAUCGUGAUGGCGUUGCUGAUAGAGCUGGAGACUGGGAGAGAGACAGAGAUAGAGACCGGGAUCGUGACCGGGAUCGUGACAGGGAUCGUGACAGGGACAGGGACAGAGACCGAGAUCGCGACAGAGAUCGUGACAGGGAUCGCGAUCGUGACAGAGGAGGUAGAGACCGAGGCAGAGACAGAGACCGUGAUCGAGACAGGGAGCGUUAUGCUGACACCAGAGGUGGUGUGGACCGACCGCCAUACUCCGAUCCGUCUUUAGUGGAUCAUCGACCAAUUGAUCAUCAUGCAGCUAGUGAUCUUGGCUGUGCUCCUGCCGCGCCUGCCGCUGCUACUGCUGCGGAUAUCUUUGCCGCGGCCAGUGUGCCACGGGAUCCCAACGAGAGACUGGGAGGAGAUAACAUUGGUCAUCGCAUGAUGCAGCGAAUGGGUUGGGAAGGUGCUGGUUUGGGCGCUAGUGAACAAGGUAUUCAAGAACCAGUUUCUGGUGGUGAAGUACGCGACAAGGCUGACAAGUUCAAGGGUGUUGGUGUCAACAUGCAUGACCCAUUCGAUUCGUUCCGACGGCAGAAAAGCUAUUCGUACGGUGCAAGUCGCGGUGGAUCGCGUGCUGGCUAUCAAGGUCGUCACUAGAGGCAGUGUCGCUUGUGGAAUAACCAAUGGAGGGACGUUGGUUUGUCGUUCAACUCUUGUACUUCGUCUCUUGUUGCCGUUGCAGUUGCUGCGGUGUUCUAAUUACGCUAUGUUGACAGUUGUGCUGGGCACGUGUCAUCUUUUCUCUUUGCUGUACAUAUCUAUCGCUGAUGCGCAUGAGAUAUGACCUCCUAUCGUUAUGCAUUAUGUGGUCCUCAGAUGACUUUCUUACAUUCAACAGCUUGCAUACGUUUUGCAUUGUUUGAAUUUGUUUCUUUGCUUGCUUUCUACUUCGAAGUAUCUAGGCCAACAUGCAACACACCCAUCGAGUCCUCUUACAGCAGCAUGUACAUGGACAUGUAUGUGGCUAGUGUAUGCUGGCUGUUCCCUACCUAGACAAGUAUGUUCUGCAUACAUGCACCUCCUAACUCACACGUAUGAUGCACGUGUGCGUAUAUGUGUAAAGAUACCAAUUGUCAUGAUUUCUCAUCCUGUUUUUACCAUAUUGCUCUACUGAAGACUGUUCUGUCAGCUGCCACCGAUCUUUCUUGAGCCAUUGUGUUUGCAUUACACAUGUCGGUGUUGCUGCUGCUUUGUCUUUUGACAAGUCCACUGUCCGUGCCGGCGUUGCUCUGUCUUGUGGAAAGUACACAUUGUUUCCUAUUCAUAGAAUGAUACUGAAUUUUCUCAACAUACAA